AUGCUUGCACAUCCACACUUCAACGACAUGGCGACCGACACCAAAACAGCCAUUGUGCCCUCUAAGCGGGCUAAUACUGACUACCCGUUGAUCGAUUCCGACCCGCAUUUGAAACGGGUGUUCGGAUAUGCCCGGCCUUCCGACUGGGCCGUGGCUGGCGGUAUGGCCUCGGCUGCUCCCAUCUCCUUCUGGAUCAUGGAGAGAGCAAGCCCGUCGCAUGUAGGCCGUGGUGGCUUCGCUCCCGUUAUGCGACUCGCGACAGCUGUAGGUCUGCUUGGUGGUCUUCAUGUCCUGUAUCAGCGAUCCUGCCAGCGCUUUUAUGGCUUCACUGAGAAUGCUAGAGAGGUCGAAAUGGAUACUCGUGAGAUGGUCGACAAGGUCAAGAAGGGCGAGCCUCUGUACGGUAAAUCCCAAAUGUCGUCUUAUCUACAAGGCGUGGCAGCCCGCAACUCGCGGUACUCAGAACUUUUCAUCCAUGUUGUCCCAUGGUUCAACUUUGUCAACCAUGAUCAGCAUGGCGUGGACACUGCCAAAUACUACCAGCAGGCCGAGCAGGAAUUGGAGGCAGAGCGCACUGGCUCUUCAUGA